AUCCCUUGCGCCUUGGGGGGUAACCAGUCUGACAACAAAGCUAAGGACGCCAUAUCUGUUUACAAAACUCUUAUAUAUCAUCGUAAUUUACAUGGGAAAAAACGACUUUUGCUGUGCUCCAAGCUGCUCAAAUAAUCGGAAAAGAAACCCAAAUCUCAAGUUUUACAGAAUUCCGAAAGAAUCUAAGCGAAGAAAUGCUUGGUUAAAUAGAAUUCGCCGACAAGAUUUUUCACCAACAGACAACACUCGAUUGUGCUCAGCUCACUUCGUCGGAGGAGAAAAGUCCGAUGAUCCUGCACAUUCGGCUUACAAUCCAUCCAUAUUUGAGUUCAAGAAGGAAAUUGAAAGUCGAAAGACCAGAACAAGUCAAAAAACAAACAAAGAUGACUUCGUUGCAAUUGAAACUCUAAAACCAAAGCGCAAACGAGUCAGUGUAUCGGGGGAAAGUAGGGGUCGCCCAAGAAAAUCAUUCAAAUCUGUUGAUGAUCAUGAAAUAUGGGGAGCUUGUUUACCAAUAGAACACCCAUUGAAAGAGCAUGACUACUGCAAGUCGCAGGUGGAUCCCAAGUCAAGAGAAUUAAGCGAUGACAUUUUGCAAGAGCUCACUUCUUUGCAGAGCAAAGUGAGCGAACUUGAGCACGAAAAUCAAAAGCUACGUGCAAAAUGUCUUUUAUUGGAUCAAAUUAAGCUAGACAAUGACAAAUUUCAUUUUUGGACUAGUCUCCCUAACUAUGACACCUUCAAAGCAUUAUUUAACUAUUUAAAUGCUGUUGGUGUAGACAAAAAAAAAAUGUUGGAGAGGAUCUGAAAUGGCUUUACGUGACUGUCAGUUAGGAAACAAACCAGGGCCAUCAUCCAAGCUGCCAUUGGAGGAGGAGUUGUUCAUGGUCGCUGUUAGAUUAAGAGUAGGACUUACACUGCCAGAUCUGGCAUUGAGAUUUGGAAUCAGUGAAGCAAGUGUCAGCAAAAAUUUUUCUGCAUGGAUUAAUCUGCUGUAUUUCCACUUUAAAGAUC